UGUCCGCGCUGAUAUUCUUCGAUGUGUUUUCCAACCUGCAUACAGCUGGGUAUUCUUCUUGAAUUCAAACAAAAUCUUUGUCAACACUACCCGAGCAUUGCUCUUGCUAUUGUGGUUUCAAGAUGCAGUUGUUUGCUUUUCUAUUUCUGUGUUUAUAACUUCUUUCUAUUUAUACACGAUCGCUGCGUUCCAGAAUUUGAGCUCAAAGGUAUGUUUAAUCUUCAGUCUUCCUUUGCUUUACAGCACCCCGCACAUUCCAUAGCAUCUUUUGUAUGAUGACAAAACCUUCCAUUAAGAACGGCCUUCUGAAUAACCAUGUCGAUUCAAUCAAUAUAUCAAGCUCAACAGUCUGACUCUAUUAUCAAAUUCUUUUUAUCUUUGCAGAAAUUUUCGAAAAGACCCAGCUAACAAUCUCCGAGUCUCUCUAGGAAUUCAAUAUCAAAACAAACAUGGCUGCUACACAUAGCAGCACAUUUGACUUGUGACACGAAAACAUGGUUUCGUCGAGGAUGGCAGACUACGAGAUAGCCAAUUCAUUUUGGAUAUUUGAGUCGUCGAUGGGAUAUGAAGCAAUUCUAUUUUCACCUGGAUGUAUCAUAGAAUCUUCGGACAUUUUCGAUGCCGUACAUAGGUAGCAAGAUUAUUUCAAGUUUUAUCUGAAUGAACCUCGGGAGAUCUCCAUAAUGUUUCACGGGGUUGAAAUGUAGGAAUGCUUGAUUUACUAUGACCGACCAUC